CUGAGCCACAAUCCCAGCCCGGGGAAUUUUCUUUUUUAAUCAUGAAACUUUAAAAUGUGUUUUCUCAGUUAGCAUUCAGAAUAACUUUAGAGAAUGGAAUGACUGAAUCCUGUAUGCAAUUUUCCAAGUCUUAGCUUUGGCUUGCAUCAGGUUGAGCUUUAUGAGUAAUCUGGAAAGGCUCUUAAAAUCCACAAAUCCUAGAAAACUUUUCUGGACAGGGAGACAUCACUGGUUAGUGGCAAGAACCUGAGUCUGUAGGCAUCCCCAUGAAGGCACCCUUUAACAAGACCCUUCCUACACUGCUACUGGCUUUGAGUCUUCACAACCACCUUUUGAGGUACACCUUGACUCCCCCUGGAGACAGCCCCUGUGCUCGAGUUGGCCACAGUUGCUCAUAUUUACCGCCAGUUGGUGAUGCCAAGAGAGGGAAGGUCGUCAUUGUUGGAGGAGCAAAUCCAAACAGAAGUUUCUCAGAUGUGUACACCAUGAAUCUGGGGACACACCAGUGGGACUUAGCCACCUAUGGGGGCCUCUUGCCGCGGUACGAACAUGCCAGCUUCAUUCCUUCCUGCACACCUGGCAGCAUCUGGGUAUUUGGAGGGGCCGACCAGUCAGGAAAUCGAAAUUGUCUCCAAGUCCUGAAUCUUGAAACCAGGAUUUGGAGGACGCCAGAAGUGACCGGCCCCCCACCAUCUCCAAGAACAUUCCACACAUCAUCAGCAGCUAUUGGAAACCAGCUCUAUGUCUUUGGGGGUGGAGAGAGAGGUGCCCAGCCUGUGCAGGAUGUGAAGCUGCAUGUGUUUGACGCAAGUGACAUGAAGUGGCAGAAGCUCAGUCCCACAGGGGUCGCCCCAGCAGGCUGUGCUGCCCACUCAGCUGUGACUUUGGGAAAACAUAUAUAUGUCUUUGGAGGAAUGACUCCUACCGGAGCACUGGACACAAUGUACCAGUAUCACAUAGAAAAACAGCUAUGGUCUCUCCUUAAAUUUGAUACUUUGCUGCCCCCUGGACGUUUGGAUCAUUCCAUGUGUAUCAUUCCAUGGCCAGUGACAUCUACUUCUGAGAAAGAAGACUCAAAUUCUGUUACCCUAAACUGUGAAACUGAGAAAGGGGAUUCCACCGACAGAAUGGCACCAUGUGGCAGCACAUCUGAGGAAAGCCAGAGUGACAUAAUGCUAUGUUUUGUGUUUGGUGGGAUGAAUACAGAAGGGGAAAUCUAUAAUGAUUGUAUUGUGACUGUAAUUGACUAAAAAAAAAAAAAAAAUUAUUGUUACUUAAAAGAAACCUUAACUGUUUUCUGCUUCCAAUUUUUUUCUGCAA